AUGGAUGUAAAAAUUCUUUGCUCAUUAGAAUAUUGUGGAUUGCUUUGUAGUACAAAAACGGCAUCUGUCUAUCAAGUUAAGUAUAAUGAACGUUAUUAUGCUUUGAAAGCACUUCGUACAUAUGAAACAUCAUACAAAUCUGAUGGUUGUAAAUAUGUUAAAAGUGAACGAGAUAUUUUAGAAUCAUUUCGUAAAAAUCCAUUUAUUAUUCGGUUGCAUGCAGCUAUGCAAGAUUCUCAACGUGUCUACUUUUUACUUGAGUAUGCUCCUUGUGGAGGUUUGCGUCAAUACUUCACCAAAUAUAAAUUAGACGAAGAAUCGGUGAAAUGGUUCUCAGGUCAAAUUAUUUGUGCAAUCAACUAUCUUCAUUCGAAAUCAAUAAUUCAUAGAGGUUUGAAUGGAUUUAUUCAUAAAAGAUAUCAUACAAAAAAUGGAAAAGAUGAAGAAUAA